AUGGAGGAAACAGAGGCUGACGAUGCCCCCUCCGUGGCAACCAACUCGGUCGAUGACCAGAAAGGAGCCCUGGCCCGACUCCCUACGGAGGUCCUAGAUCAAAUUCUUCGCGAGCUGCCAUGUCAGUCACUCGUCUCACUCUCGCGAUGUUGUCGCCGGCUACGACAGUUGGCCUCCAACGAUACCCUCUGGGCCAACCUUCUUCGUGAGAAUAUUCCACCUGAAGACUUUCCAGCGGACCCGUACCCUUCGUCGUCGUUCCGUGAUUUGUACAUUACGCAUCAUCCAUACUGGUUCGUGCCUCGAAACAAGAUCUGGAUCUCGGAUGAACCGCACAUCGGUCGCGUGAUGAUCUGUCAUUUCGACCCACGGCGAGGCUGCAUCGAAGGAUACCGCCUGCUGGCCGAGAGGACUCCGACAUUUGGUGUUCUCUGGCCCUAUGUACCGGGUGUGGUGGUCCACACCUUCAAACCACGAGUGCAUCUUUGGCUGGACGACCCGAUCCUCAAACUACCACACGACAUUGUCCCCUUCAAUACUCGCCAGGGUUGGUGGGAAGCCGAGAUUAAGAUGACGGUCGGGCGAUUGGGAAAUAACACGUCGGCAUCGUUCUUCUUGAGCAGAGACAUACCCCCACAGCUGCAGAAAAGGUCCAUGGCUCUCUGGCCACCCCGGACAAUCCCCGAUAUGCCUCGCGUACGGGCUGCCAGCGUUGACAAAUUCCGGGGGUCAGGGCAUAAACCGCAAAAGUACGAUCAGAUCUCGCAAACGACCUUUCGAUUGAGACAUUGGAGUCAGUUUUCGACGGGCAUGGCACACUUUGGGAUUCGAAUCGGUGAAGAGGUCUCUACCUGGAGUACGAUCGACCCGGCGCUUUACACCCCGACAAAGGAAAAGCCAUACCAAGGCAUCUUUGUGGGUGAUUAUGCGGGCCACGGAUGCGAAUUCUUGCUGGUCAUACAGACGGAGAAAUGUCCCGAGAUUCCCCAACGUCGGUCCACGGACGCCCGUACGAGAGAGCUCCUGGGACUGGACCACGAGGGCGAGGGUCCGAACGACGGACUACUAGAACCGAUGCUUGCUGAUCAGACAGCGGAAGAACUAGCUCAAUCUCAAUCAGAAUACCAACGCGAAAUGAUGGCAGCCUACGAAGAAGAAGGGAUAUACAAGGGCUCCAUUCAGGCGAUCAAACUAACGGGAGAUCCGCACGUCCCGAGGGGAGAGUACACCUUUGUGGCGCCCGAUAUUGGCUACGGUGGAUUAAUCAGGAUUGCAGAGGAACAACCAUUCAGGGGCGCGAGGGUGGUGAAGAGUCAGGGACACGUCGCCUCGAGGGGGUUCCAGAAUGACGAAUUCAUUCACUCCCACCUCAUCAUGGUUUCGCCUAACAAGUUGGCACAGUAUUGGGUGGCCUACGGUCAUAUCUCCUUCUACCAGAGAAUUGAUAUCGACCAGCUGAUCAAUGACACAUUUCGUGCAGGGCAUCAAUAG